UUACAGCAGCUGCAGCAAUCUAAUUCUGUGAUUGCUCUUUCGCUUCCUCUCCAUGGCGCUGCUUGCUCCCAUCAGCGGCUGCGGCCCUCUCCGCCGGCCGCCGUCCUUCAUGCAAGUGGGACGGAGAUUCGCUACUACCGCGGCUCUGUCUCAUUCUCCAGGAGAAACUGUGAACUGGGUCGAAGCAACCAACAGCGUUUUCGAGAAGGAUUCCCGACCCAUCAUGUUAUUCGACGGAGUGUGCAACCUUUGCAAUGGAGGUGUGCGAUUUGUUCGUCAAAACGAUCAAAACAGGAGAAUUAGGUAUGAGGCUCUCCAGAGCGAGUCAGGGAGGAAUCUACUUAGGAGAUCAGGAAGAGCUCCAGAUGAUAUCUCCAGUGUGGUCCUUGUUGAAAAGGAUAGAUCAUAUGUGAAGUCCGAAGCUGUGAUGAAGAUAAUGGAAUACAUAGACUUGCCUUUCCCACAGCUAGCAUUCUUUCUACAGUUUGUGCCACUGUUCGUAAGAGAUUUUGUGUAUGACAAUGUGGCGAACAACCGGUACAAUAUGUUUGGUCGCUCAGAAUCGUGCGAGUGGCCGCAGGCUGCAGCCAACUUCCCUGAAGGCAUUGUGUUGCGUUUUCUUGGGCUCGACAAGGGUACCAUUGAGGAAGCUCUUGGGUCCACGGCGUAUUGCAGUUGGUGUGAUCAUCGUGAACCUGCUUUCAAAGCUCCGCAAACAUGAAAGAUUGACGACUGUACUACAAAAUUCCAAAUAGUCAUGUGAUUCCAAAUCCACUUGUUCAUAGCUGAUACAUCACCAGUUGGAAUCUGUCGGAAACCUCAGCAUCAGUCAGACGAGCAGUUGUCCCUAAUCAUGCUCAUGCCAAGAUUAUAUCUUUCUCCUUCCAUAACUAUGAUCAGUACAUCACCUUACCUCCGAAUUGAAUAAGUAUCCAGCCGAUAU